GGCCUUCCCGUCGUGGCUGUGUCGUGGUUCGUGUCACUGCACCAUGUCCAGUGGCCUCCUGAAGGCGCUACGCAGCGACUCCUACGUGGAGCUCAGCGAGUACCAGGACCAGCACUUUCGGGGUGACAAUGAAGAACAAGAAAAAUUACUGAAGAAAAGCUGUACGUUAUAUGUUGGAAAUCUUUCCUUUUAUACAACUGAAGAACAGAUUUAUGAACUCUUCAGCAAGAGUGGUGAUAUAAAGAAGAUCAUCAUGGGUCUGGAUAAAAUGAAGAAAACGGCAUGUGGGCUCUGUUUUGUGGAAUACUAUUCGAGAGCAGAUGCAGAGAAUGCCAUGCGGUAUAUAAACGGAACUCAUCUGGAUGACAGGAUCAUAUGUACAGACUGGGAUGCAGGCUUUAAGGAGGGCAGGCAGUUUGGAUGUGGACGGUCUGGGGGUCAGGUUCGAGAUGAGUAUCGGGAGGACUAUGAUACUGGGAGAGGCGGCUAUGGCAAACAGACACAAAAACAGUGAGUGGUGAAAGGCCCCAAGUACACAGCUCACUCUGUUGAUGAUGUUGGAGAACAUUAACCAAGGUCUGAUCAGUAUAAUAUCUCUGUUGCACUGGAAGCCACUUCUGGUUUUCCUCUGAAAUAUUAAAAGACAGAAUCCAAAAGAAUGACUUUAA